AUGUCCUCAACAACACGAAGCCAAACCUCCUCCAAACCCUCAAUAUCUCGUCCUCCUUCUUCGUCCCCAAAUGAAGACUCCUCACCCCACGCACAAUCCCACCCCCAAAAACCAACCAUCGCAAUCAUCGGCACAGGCUGGGCCGGCUGGACCCUCACGCAAGAACUAUCAGCCACGACUUCCUCCACCUCUCCCUACAACAUAAUCGCCAUAUCUCCCUCUCGAACCAUGGCCCUCACACCCCUCCUCGCCUCGGCCGCUUGUUCCAUCUUCGAUUUCCGCCUCGCCGAAGAACCCAUUCGACGUCGCGAUUCCAAAUUCGAAAAAUACCAAGCCCUCGUCACAUCGGUUGAUUUCAACAACCAAAUCAUCAAAUGCAAAGCUUGUAUCGGAGGAAGCGGUGUUAGUGGUGAAUCGAUGGAUUCGCCUACCUACAAAGAUAUCAAAAAAGAUGAAGCAGAAUUCGAUGUAAAAUACGAUAAAUUAAUUCUAGCUCCCGGAUGCGAAACAAAUACAUUUGGAACACCAGGAGUGAAAGAAUAUGCAUUAUUCAUGAAAACCGUACCCGAUGCUCGAAGAUUAAGAGAGGGAAUACUAGAUUGUUUAGAACGGGCAUCAUUACCUACGAUUUCAGAACAGGAGAAAAAGAACAUAUUACAUUUUGCAAUUGUGGGAGGAGGACCAACAGGUAUAGAGCUAGCAGCUGAAAUCGACGAGUUGAUUCAAGAACAUCUAGGAGCCGUAUAUCCACGCUUAAAAGGCUACUGCACAAUUAGUAUCUACGAUGUCGCAGAUAGAUUACUCGGACAAUUCGGCGAAAAACUCAGUGAAUACGCGAUGGAAAAAUUCGAAAAUAGAGGAGAUGUCCAUGUUAAAACGGGAAAACAUAUCCAGGAGAUAAAAAGAAAUAGUAUGCUGAUUAAAGAAGAAGGAGAAGUUCCAUUUGGGGUAGUAGUAUGGGCGGUAGGUAAUACGGCUGGGAAAUUAGUCGAGGGGUUAGAGUGUAGGAAAAGCGAAGGCUUACAGAGAAUUCUCACGGAUAAAUGGUUGAGGGUUCUCAAAACUGCGGAUUUUGAUGCUGUGAAAAAACAAGAACAAGAACAAGAACAGGGAAAUCAGACAGGGGAUAUUAUCAAAAACGUCUACGCGCUAGGCGACGCCGCAGAUAUCUUAAAUAACGAAUUACCCACCACGGCCGAAGUAGCCGUACAGAAAGCCAAAUGGCUCACUCGGCAUCUUUUAGAUGCAGCUCUAAACUCUCCUCUCGCAAACUCUCAUUCCGCAAACGAAACCAGCGAAACCAGCGAAACCAGCAUCUCAACUCCCAAAACCCCAUCUUUCCAAUACAAACAAAAAGAUCUAAUAGCCUACCUUGGUCGUGGCGACGGCGUAAUACAGGGGAAAACAGAGUGGACGGGUGUAUCGGCUUGGUUGGCGUGGAGAAGUGGGAGUAUUGCUUGGACGAGGGGGUGGAGGAGACGGGUUAUGGUGGUUGUUAAUUGGGUUGCUAAUUUUGUUGAUGGGAGGGAGGUUGCUAGGCGGUAA